UAUUGAAAGGCAGGAUUAGAGGCUUUUCACUUUGCCGUCCCUUCAUAAUGGGGAUAGACCGGCGGCGGAGAGCCUCUCUGGCGCUCACCUUGAACUUCAUCGCCCUGCUGUUCGCCGUGUCCGCUCUCACUACCAGCUACUGGUGUGAGGGCACCAGGAAAGUGGUCAAGCCUUUCUGCACAGGGCCCGUCACUCUCAAGCAGCCCUACUGCAUUCGGUUCAACAGCUCCAACCUGAACGACAGUCGGCUGGUCCAGUACAUCUGGGAGACUGGGGAGGACAAGUUCCUCCUGAGAAAGUUCCACACCGGCAUCUGGUUCUCCUGUGAGCAGAAUGUCAACAUGAUCGGUGAGAACUGCAGAAGUUUUUUAAACAUUGCACCUUCACAUGAAAGAGGUGUCCUGUGGCUUUGCAUCGUGGCUGAAUGUCUCUACAUCGUGCUGCUGUCCACCGGUGGGAUCCUCAUGUCGAUAGAAGUCUGUCACUACGGCAAUGUCAUUGAUGGCCUCAAGCUGAAUGCCUUCGCUGCGAUAUUUACUGUCCUGUCAGGCCUUUUAGGAAUGGUGGCUCACAUGAUGUUCACUACAGCCUUCCAGUUAACAGUGAGUCUUGGGCCUGAAGACUGGAAGCCCCAGACCUGGGACUACAGUUGGUCUUACAUUUUGGCAUGGAGCUCCUUCACUGCCUGCAUGGCCUCUUCGGUGACAACAAUCAACAGGUACACAAAGACUAUUCUGGAGUUCAAACAUAAACGGAGGAACAUAGAGAAGAACCUGAAAAUCAAGCAGAAGCUGUUGGACCUGGAUUCGCCGGACCAGGUGUGGGAUAUGUACAUCAGCUCCAUGCCCAGCACAGCCGAGGAGCUCCUGGAUCUCUCCAGCAAUGGCCGCAAGUUGUCCAACGCCUCCGUCUUCCUGGAUCUGAAUGAUUUACCUGACCCACAGGUGGAGGAGUACUGCUGAGGUCCCAGUGGGUUCGACCUCUGUCCGGGACUGCCGCUUUCUCACCUGUCA